AUGCGCUUUUCUCUACUCGCCCUUGUGGGCUCUGCUGCUCUUUCUCACGCCUGGCUGCCGUCCGACAAGGACCUAUUCGGAGCCAACUCGACCGAUGCUACCGAGAAGCAGAUCGCCGCUGGCAAGGGAAGGAUGCAGACAACUUGGCUACCAGCCUCCGGCAAGAUCCGAGGUGUGAAUCUCGGCUCCUUGUUCAUCGUUGAGCCAUGGAUGGCUUCGAACGAGUGGCGGAUCAUGGGCUGCGGCGAUGCCAAGUCCGAGUUUGACUGUGUUCGUAAACUCGGACAGGGCGCCGCAAAUACGGCCUUCCAAGGCCACUGGUCGCGAUGGAUCACCGAGAACGACAUUGCUACCAUGCGUAGCUAUGGUCUCAACACCAUUCGCAUUCCGGUCGGAUACUGGAUGAUGGAGAGCAUUGUCUACAAGGACAGCGAGUACUUCCCUCAAGGCGGGCUUGCCUUCCUGGACAAAGUGGUCGGAUGGGCCAGCAACAAUGGCAUGUAUAUUAUCAUCGACCUGCACGGAGCUCCCGGUGCUCAGGUUGCCAAUCAACCUUUCACAGGCCAGUAUGCGCCCUCCGCCGGCUUCUACCAAUCUUGGCAAUACGACCGCGCAUACAAAUUCCUGCAAUUCAUGACCAACCGGAUCCACACCAACAACGCGUACCGCAACGUCGGGAUGCUCGAAGUGCUGAACGAGCCCAUCGGUGGGCAGCCCUCGCUUGUAUCGACCUUCUACCCAACCGCGCUCAACAAGAUCCGCGAGACCGAGCGAGCGCUCGGCAAAACCUCAAACAAUUUCUUGCACGUCCAGUUCAUGAACUCCAUGUGGGGCGCUGGCAACCCUGCGCAGAAUCUCGGCGACAGGCACCACACGGCGUACGACAACCACCGGUACCCGAAGUGGGAUCCUUCAGUCCCCAAGACGCAAUCAGGCUACCUCCAGGCGUCCUGCAGAGAUAACGUCGCGGCGGACGGCCUCACCCCCCUCAUAGUUGGCGAGUGGAGCAUCAGCCCCGCGGACGACGUGGAGUGGAACGGCGAGUUCGAGAUCUCGAGCGGCAGGAAUAGCGGCUUCUACAGGAAGUGGUGGGCUGCGCAGGUCAUGGCGUACGAGAAGCAGGCGGGCUGGGUAUUUUGGAGCUGGAAGAACGAGCUGAAUGAUUUCAGGUGGGGGUAUAAGCAGGCAGUCGAGCAGGGCAUCAUUCCGAAAGACCCGAAUCAGGCGUGGAACCAAGGGGCUUGUUAG